AAAUCACAACCUAAGAAGUUCUGUAUUUACUGCAAGUGUUGGAUUGCAGAUAAUAAGCCAGGAAGUAGUGGGUCUGGGAUUUCUUCCUCUUUCCUGAUUUGUGUCUGUUUUUGCAGUUCCACAUCCACAUUUGGAUUGUGUACUGCAGUUGUCCUUUUGUCUCUUACCUUGUCUUUCUGUAAUGUCUGGUAAAUGCAAUCAGUCUUGCACAGACCCGCAAAGUGACAAGUGCCAAACUGCUGUAUGUCUAGAUUGGGGCAGAUUUUCACUAAAUGGCAUAGGAGGCAGGUGCCUUUGGGGGCAUCUUCUGAGAUAGCAGUCACGAGCCUUCUCCAAGCAUGUUGCAGACCUUGCACAUCUAAUCGCACUUCCCAGAGUAUUGAAUUCCACGAGAGGGGGAAAAACCACAAAGAGAAUGUCACCAAAAAAAUCAGUGAGAUCAAGCAGAAAAGUGUGGCCAAGGCAAAAGACGAGGAAAGGAAGUCAAAGGAGUUUGCUGCAAUGGAAGAAGCUGCACUUAAGGCCUAUGAGGAAGAUCUGAAGAGACUGGAAGGCACAAAGCCAGUUCCUGCAGCUCCGGUUGGUCCAACCAUUGAAGAGAGAAGGGCCCGUGAUGAGAAGAAAAGGAAUGAAAUAGAAGCCCUAGAAAAACACCAUGCAGAAAAGAAAUGGAAAAAGGGAAUGUCUCCAGAAGGAUACCCAUAUUACUACAACUUAACAGGAGAGUCUAGUUGGGAGAAGCCAAAGGGAUUCCUGGAGACCACUGACCAUGCUGAAGGGCAAGGAACCAGUUCUGUGUGGGUGGAAAGCGUCUCUGAAGAGGGUUACACAUACUACUACAAUUCUGACACAGGAGAAUCAAGGUGGGACAAACCGGAAGACUUGGAUUCCAAUCUGCCCCCUAGUGAUGAGAAAAAAGAUAUUGCAGCUACAGAAGAUAAUUCUGUAGACAGUGAGAAAGAGAUUGUGACCUCAGAAUUAGAAACCAAGACCACACCUGAAGAGACCGAGCCAGCAGAUGGCGCAACACAGUCGCCUACCGUUACAUUAAAGACUAAAAGCAAUUUCAGGAGUAACAAGGAGACCAACUCAGAUAGUGACCAUUUAUCUGAUUCUGACCAUAAAGAAGAGGACAUGGAAGCAAAAUAUGUUUCUCCAGAACCUGCCAUUAAAAAGAAGGCAAAAAAGUCAAAUCCAUAUGGAGCAUGGGAGGAGAUCAGAGAUGAGGAAGACCCUUAUGAGCAUGUGGAUCUAGAGCUUCCAAACAUGGACUCUGAUGACCCUGCUGUCCUGGUACCUGAUCUCCCACAGGAACCAAAAGUGAAGUUCAAGGAGAAGACCAUCACUUCUCUUGGGGACACAGUAGUCGGGGCCUCGGUUUUCAAGAAAAGGAAGCUUGAUAAUGGGAGAUCCCGAAACAUACGUCCGAGACUAAAUGAUCAUUGAAGGACUUGAAUUCAUUGAAAAAUGACAUUUUAAACAGGACAUUUGUGAACAAAUCAGUUUGAUUUGUGUGUGUGCGCGCUGGAUGUAAAUAAAUAUUUUCUAAUUUUA